AACUUUUGCUCGGCACGGCACGCGGCAGUCGGUGUCAAAUUAUUUAUUGAUGCGUCGAAAUGGUGCUGAAUACAAAAGAGGCCCCUUAUUUGUUUGUUUAGAUUAGUGACACCCUUAAUUAAGGAUGAAUUAGUUUCCAAAUUUGUGAAAGCAAUAGGUUAGGUUUCGGUGAUCGAACUUCUGUGAUUAUUUACAGUGAUUCACAGUGGUACAAAUCAAAAAUAAACACAACGUCAUCUCGAUCUCCCAAGCAUUGGUUCAGUGUAUAAUUGGAAUGCUAUCAAAUAUUCACCCUUGUACUCGUAAAGAUGGAAGACAGGGAAAACUCAGAUUGUGAAGAUUCCUUGGACCCCAGGAUUCAAGUUGCUUUGGAAAAAUUGAACACAAGUACUGAUGAGAUCAAUAAAUUGGAAAUUGAAUAUGAUGAGGCUAACACAACAUUUCGCAUGCUGCUCAAUGAAUCUACUAGAAGAUUGAAAUUGCUGUUGAAGAAACUUGGAAAUUGUAUAGAACGAGCUAGACCUUAUUAUGAUGCUGCAGAAGUUGCGAAGAAAGCCCAAGUUGAAUGUCAGAAAGCAGCAGUAGCUUUUAGAAAAGCUAAUGAAAUACAUGCAGCUGCAAAGGAAACUGUAGCCUUAGCUGAACAACGUUUUAUGAGCAAUCAACACGAAUGGCAGUUCGAUAAUGCUUGGCAGGAGAUGCUUAACCAUGCUACUAUGAAGGUCAUGGAGGCGGAAAACGACAAAGCAGAAAGCGGCAGGGAACACCAGAGGCGAGCGACAAUCUUCAAAGCCGCAGAAGAACGACUGAAAUUCCUGGAAGACAAACUCCAACGCCACAUCAUAAAGGCGCGUCCAUACUUCGACGAAAAAGCUCUCUGUCAGGAACAGCUGAAUACUCAGAAGGAGAGGAUAGACGCGAUAAAGAAGGACAUAGCCAAAGUGAAGAACUCCUAUUCUCAAACGCUGAAAGAACUCGAACAAAUAUCGAACGAAAUCCACAUCAAACGGAACAACCUGAAGAGCGAGCAUGACAUAUUGAAACGACCUAGAGAACCGGGCGUCGGGGCCGAGCUGACAGAAGAAGAAGACGAUAAGUCUGUGGUGUCCACGGUGUCGAAAUGCUCUUUAGAUUUCAAUUUGGAACUGGACAAGUGCGAGUUGAGGAGUUCGAGUUCCAUGAGCGGCGUCUCCGACGAGGUGGAGGACAUGGAGAGUUUUGACAACAACCUGGACGAUCUAAAGCAUAAGGUGAAACAGUUGUCUGUCAGGCCGGCGAACGGUUGCGAGGGAAAGUGUACAGAUGGCGUUUGGGAAUCUGAGCUCCGUACAGCUGUCGAUAAGUUAGAUCACAUGAUGUUGAUGCAAGAGUGUGCCAGAGAACUGGAUAAUUAUAAGUCGGAAAUAAAGAUGGCGGAAGGUGGUAGGAGCGGCUCAACGGACAGGGAGCAUGUUCGGAAUCAAUAGGUUAUAAAAAUUUGUCGUUAAAAUUAUUCAGAUUUUAAGGGAAUCGUUGUUCUGCGGUCGAAAUGCCGACUGCCUGGUUAUCACGGAGAGCUGGCUCUCCCCAAUUCGGUUCGGUGCUGUAAAAUAAUUUUUUCUCGAAACAAAUUUUUUAGCGCCAGAUCUGAACAAAAGCUGAGAAAUAAGCACUAAGAGAUCAACAUUUUCGAUGAUAUUUGCGGCUACAAAAUUUCAUCUAAAAAACAAUAGUUCAAGUAACCUUCCAAGAUUAGUGGAUCGUAACUUGUAACGUUUUUCAUCGCAGGUAAUUUUAGGAACAUUUGUUGUUCCCCAGAUAUUUGAAAUCCUCAUUUCAAUCACUUAAAAAUUUUCAGUUGUGAAAUCCAGAUUUGAAUCUUGCGAAGUGAAUUCAAGUUCUAAGAUUUAAGUACAGGCUCAGUUUCACUAGACUACUAGACUCUAAUACUUAUGCUAAGUCGCAAUCCCACCAUUGAAAGUUGAUUUUAUUGUAAUAUAACACCAUUUUUAUAGGGUACGUUUUUUGACAAUUUUUAGAGAAAAUUAUUAUCAGUUUUUAAUGUUGGAGAAUAUGAAGUAUUAUUUUUUAACUACGACAUGUGAUGUACAAAUUUUAGUUUUUAGUUUGUGUGAUCUACACUCAUCUUGAGUAAUUUGAUUUUAUUUUUAUUUAUUAAAAUGAUUUAUUUCAUGGAA